AUGUCCACUAACACUACUUUUCCACUCCAUGAGGCGUGCCGUGAAGGCGAUAUUUCCAAAGUAAGAGAAUUGGUAGAUGAGGAGCCAAAACUCGUCUUAGCCAAAGAUUUGGACUCUAGAUACCCUGUUCACUGGGCAGUAUCUUACCAGCACGAAAACAUAGUGGAUUUUCUGCUGUCCCGAAUGCAAAAAGUCGAUUUGGAUGAUCUCGUCGAUGAAUCGGGCUGGUCUGUUUUACAUAUAGCAAGCUCCGUGGGCAACUUGGGAAUCCUCGUCAAAUUGGUUAAUCACAGCAUUAAACCAGAUGCGAACCUGGCAACUUCCCAGGGCACGACGGCUCUAAAUCUGGCGUGCUCGAAAAAACAGGUCUCCAUUGCGAAAUUUCUCAUACAAGAGGGUGCCUCCGUGAGACUGAAGGACUCCAGAAAUCAAUUGCCAUUGCACCGCGCUGCAAGUGUGGGAAGUAUGCCUAUGGUCGAUUUGCUAUGCAAAAACAAGUCCCCUGUCAACACCAAGGACAUAAACGGCUGGACACCUCUUUUCCACGCUCUGUCAGAAGGGCACGGCGAUGUAGCAGUGGCUUUGGUGCAAAGUUACGCAGCCGAAUACCGCGAUCAGAGGGACGUUGAUAACAAAUCUCCUCUUGACGUCGUUGCAGAUGAAAAAGUGAAGGCCUUUUUCCUGCAAAAUGUGGAGUGA